GAGGGGCGCAGGGCGGCGCUGCGCGUUGGGCGGGGCCGGGGCACCCCCCCUUCCCGCCGCAGCUCCCAAGAUGGCGGCGGCCAGUGCGGUGCGGGCGGCGGGGCGCCGCUCCAGGAGGAUCUUCGACAUCUUCGUGGCUGAGGUUCCCUGGACGGUGUCGAGCAAGGAGCUGAAGGAGUAUUUCUCCCAGUUCGGGUCGGUACAGAGGUGCCAGCUGCCGUUUGACAAAGAAACAGGCUUUCACAGACGUUAUUGCUGGAUUAAAUUCUCAACUCCACAAGAAGUUCAGAAUGUGCUUCAGAAGGACUCCCACAUACUUGAAGGUGCCAAGCUCGCUCUCAAACAGCAGCCCCGCAGAAGACGCAGUCAAAGAAGGAAUCAAAGUGAGUGAGCGGUGGAAGGAGGCUUUAUUUCACUAAAUGUAAAGAAACUAAAAUAAAGAUUACGGAGAAACUAA